CUGCUUUUAGGUCGAAAACCAAGAGUGAGAAGAAAUGCUGCCAUAAAAGGAGAAAAUUUUAGAUGGCCAAAUGCGACAGUUCCGUAUGAGUUCAAGGAUAACAACAGUGAGGAACUCGAUUAUUUCUUCCAUCUUUUCUUUGAGUUAUUUGCUAUGUUAUGUUGUGCGUACGCUGAGUGGCAGGCUAUAAUCCGAAAAGGAAUGUACAAAUGGCAAAAAGAGACGUGCAUUCGUUUCGUUAGAAGAAGCUCUGAGAAAGACUAUGCGGUUUUCUUCAAAGGAGGAGGUUGUUACUCUAAUGUUGGAAGGACUGGUGGGCGUCAGUACGUUUCAAUCGGUUGGGGCUGCGAAGGGGGCGGCAUCGUAGCGCACGAGAUUGGACAUGCCCUUGGUUUCUGGCACGAGCAAAGUCGCCCGGAUAGAGACAGGGACCAAGGUGCCAUUUUCUGGCCUUGUCCUGUUCCGAAAAAUCGUGUACUCCAGGGCAAUUUCGAAAAGCGCAACGACAUUAUGGACUCAGACAUACCGUAUGACUUUGGCUCCGUGAUGCACUAUGGUCCGCAAGCCUUCACGAAUAAUUGGAAAUUUGUUACUAUCGAGACGAAGGACCACCGAUUCCAGCAUACAAUCGGGCAACGUGCAGAUAUAUCCUUCAUCGACGUUAAGCAUGCGAAUCGCUUGUAUUGCUCACACAUCUGCAAAACAAAUCUGAUGUGUGAAAAUGGCGGAUAUGAAGAUCCUAGAAACUGUAAUCACUGCAAAUGCCCACCUGGUUUGGGCGGAUUGCGCUGUGAACGAAUUGCUGAUUCAACGCCCGGUUGCGGUGGAGAAAUGUUCGCAACAGCGGCCUGGCAGACUCUGAGAAAUUCCGUAGUCGGAUCUUGUCAUUGGAGGUUUUUCAUUGUCACCAAUCGUCCGACAAUUCAGGCACCCUCCGGCCGUAUCCAUGUAGAGGUCAUAGAAACUAAUUUCGUUUGUGAUUCGUCGUGUGCAGAUGAAUACUUAGAAAUAAAACAUACGAAGAACAUGGAGCAGACAGGGUUUAGAAGGGAACCAGGUCAUCGUUUCGAGUAUCUCUCAUCGGGUUCCGUCAAACUUCACGCUGAGAUUCAUCAUAGGUGGUUUCACUAUGACUCAAACAAAGCCCGCUUUCUAGCAAAUUCUGAUUCUAUUCCAACACCGCCACCGGCAGCAUGGGAGGGUAAUGGCGGCUUGACUGGGCUCCUGGCUGCUAACGAAGCAGGAAUUGACAACACUUUUGAAACACUUAUACUUAAGGAUUUUCCCAGAGCAAUAGGACGAAAUCGUGGAGGAGCAAACAUCGCCUCGUUGUUUGGAAUUCUUGAUUCGUUUCUCAAGCAUGUUCGAAAAUCUUAUGUUGAAAUGCGAGCAAAUCUGGAAUGUAUGUCCCUAUUGAGUUAAUG